ACAAAUAUCCGAGGAGCCCCUGAACGCAGCACUGCGGCGGGUCAGGUGAGAGCUGCUGGAAGUUCGAGCUGUGACGACUGACAGCAGAUCAUCAUGGAGACUCUGGCUGACCCCGCAGCGCGCACCUUCUCCCAGGUGAUCUUCUCCGACGUCCUGCACUCCUAUCCGCCUUCCACCCCCGUCACCUGCUGCUACACCCUCACCGAGGCCUUCCAGCCGCACCCCCGGGACUGGGUGGGCAUCUUUAAGGUUGGGUGGAGCUCAGCGAAGGAUUAUCAUACCUUCGUGUGGGUGGAGCCGUGUCUGGAUGUGGUGGGAGAGUCAGUGAGCAGGAAAACUGUUUUUAAAGAUUACUACCUGCCGAAGGACGAGGUCGAGUUCUACCAGUUCUGCUACAUCGACAGCAGCGGUCAGGUGCGAGGGGCCAGCACUCCCUUCUGCUUCAAGAGCCCAGAGGGCCGGAGCCUGGACUGCAGCCUGGACUGCAGCCUGGACUGCAGCCCGGACGACGACCUGCUGGUUAUUACGACACAGGAACAGGUGGAGCAGAGCGUUCGCGAGAAAGCCGACCUGCAGAAAGAGCUGGAUCGAAUACAGGAGGAAAACAAAAGCUUGAAAAGUGCCCUACAGAAGGACCAACAAGAGGCGGCCAUCUUUAAAGAGCAGCGUGAACAGAAAGAGAAGGAGAAGAGUCGACUGGUCUCGGAACUGGAGCAAAUCAAGGAACAGAAUGGAAACUUAAAAAGCACCGCGCAGAUGCAGGUUCAAGAAAUGGACAGAUUACGGGAGGAGCUGUUGGUCCAAAGUACGAAGCAGCUGGAGAUCCAGCAGCAGAGGAACCUCAGCGUCAGCUUGGACGAAGCAUCGAUCGAAAAAGAGACACACACGCGGGAGAAAUACGACCGAGCUGUGGCGAAGAUCAACCAGCUGAAGCGGGAGCGCGAGGAGAUGCGCGGGAGGCUUGAUGCUCAAUCUGAGGAGAUUAUCAAGCUGAAUUGCUGUCUGAGAGAGGGACAACGGGAACUGUUGAAAACAAAAGACGGCGUCCAGCUUUUGCAGGUCGAUCUUCUGAGCAGCGAGAAAGAGAACGAGCGGCUCGCUGCAGAGCUGCAGAGGCUGAAAGACGCCACACACGACACGGAGGACGUGAGGAGAGAGAACCGGGAGUUGUGUCGGAAGCUGUCGCAGCAGGAGACGCAGCAGGACGUUCCAGAUGAUCAGCUAAGGGUGCAGUGUCAGACGCUCGUCAGCCAGCUGCAGGACGCUCAGGCGACGUUGGCGGCCGAGAAGGAGGAGAGCGGGAAGGCCAGGAGACGAGCGGAGGCUCUGCACGAGGAGCUGAUGCAAAUCGGGAAGCGGCUGGAGACCGUGGUCAUGACGUGUGAUCAGGAACAACGGAAAAGUAGUAAAUACGAGCUGCAGCUCAGCGAGGCGCUUGAAGCGAUCGCAGAUAAAGACGACGUCUUACAGGAUAAGGAGCACGUGCUGCGGCUCGUGAAGCUAGAGAACGAGGAGCUCGUCAGAGAAAACCAGAACCUCAGAAGAGAUGUGGAGGAACUGCGCAGGGUUAAUUCUGACCUCCUCGCUGCUCCCAGCGCCUGCUCGCCGCACGUGCAGCCGGACGCCACCUCGCCAGAGGGAAACCCCUCAAGCAGCCGUGGAGGAGAGCAGCAGCAGCAGGAGGAGACACCGGAUCAGGCCGACGACCUGUACCAGCCCACAGGAGGCCUUGCAGAACCACAGGAAGAGGCACUGCUGUGUCGUCACUGCCAGGAGAGCUUCCCUGGAAUAACCCGACAGGAGCUGGAGCAGCACGAGGAAAGUCACCGGGUGUGUCCCUUCUGCACGAUGCUGUGCGACAACAUGGAUCAGUCCGUGUUCGAGGACCACGUCUACGGCCACGAGCUGUGAGAUCUGCACCGGCUCUGGAGGAGUUUUGUGAACUCGGAGAAAAGUGAUAUCGCCUAAGUGUCAUUUUAGUGACUCAACAUCCGGCUCGACGUCUGCUGCUUUAAUUUCCUUUUGCAAAUCUGUGGAGCAGGUAAAAGUUCAGGAUUAACUCUAAAGUUAACUCUUCUAAAAGAGGUCAAAUUAAUCCAAGUUCUCUAAUGGUUUUCUAAUUCAUCACACAACUCUGCGGUUUCUUUCCAUUUUUUAUAUUUUAUACAAGACCACCAGUUUCUGUAUUGAUGCCCAAAAAUACAAAACCCGUAUUUUCAUUUUAAAAAAAGAGGCAAAAAUUAAUGAAUAAUACAAAUUCAUCUAAAUACAAGCAGAAGAAUUUUGCCGAGAUUAAAAACUGGGGAACGUCCCAUUCAGAAAUUAAAAUCAAAUUUUAUUUUUAAAUUUUUGUAUUAAAUCAAUGCAAACCGGUGUGUGUUUGUGUGUGUGUGUGUGUGUGUGUGUGUGCGUGCGUGUGCCAUACAAUACUCACACUCAUACUCAUGCUCUGCACACGUCAUUCAGAGAAGUCUUGACUUGCAGGAUGAAGUUUGUCUGAUGUUUGGACGACAAACAUCUGUAUGUGUGUUGACGGCAAUUUAUCAAGGAGAUAUACAGUCAGAAGGACAUUUGGUAGAGUUUUAAUAGACUUUUGAAGCACAUACUAGUUGCACUUGAAUUUGACUGUAAUCAGGUCUGUUGCUCACUGUUCCAAGUUAAAACAGUGAUUAGAAGUUUCCAGUCUCUAAAAGAUAAUUUUCAAAUCACAUAGAAAUCAAUGACUCUAGCUCAAAUCUGUCUGGAGGGAAGCUUGAAAUGAUGAAUGAAAUAAAGCACGUAAUAUUAUUAACCAAUAAUUAUUCUUUUGAAAAUGUUUGCUUUGCACUUAUUAUCUCGGUGAUCAGAUCUACAGAAUAAAGUAUUUCAUCUGGUUUUGAACAGGUAUGCGGCGGGAUGAAUUGUUGAUGUUAUUGUCAAAGAAAAUAACAAAUGUUAUUAACUGUAAGAACAUUUAAAAUGGUCCAGUUGAUGUAAUAAAAAUCUGUAUGAUGCA